AUGGAGCUUAAGAGAACGCCACAAGACAAGAGUUUCGGGGAUGAAGACCAAUCUCGAUCAAACAUUACCGGAGCCCGUCCCGGGACGGAGAACAUCCAAGCAGAAAAGGAAAUGGAAGAACCGUCAGACACAAUCCCCGCCAGAAACCAAAGAGAUGCGAUGAAGAUCUCGAGGACUGAUGAUAUCAACCUGCAAGAAGCAUUAAUCUCUCAGCCCGAAACUCGACUCAUUACCGAGGAGCAGCUGGUUGAUGAAGUGAAAGCCAUCUAUGCUGGCUUAGUAAUGGUUGAGAGAAAAUGUGUGGAGAUUGAAAAGCAGAGAUUCGACGACGCUGAGAAGUUGACUGACCAACAAUGGCAGGCGCUCAUUGCACUGCAUAGAACACUCUUGCAUGAACAUCACGAUUUCUUCCUAGCUUGUGACCAUCCGGUGCUGAAACGAUUGGAUGGUAAAUACUCAAUGCCCGCACGGACCUCCUAA